AGCAUUAUUUUUAGGCGAACAAACUUUUGGCUCCCCAUCAUUCUCUCUCUUUUCAUCUUACAUUGUGAGCGAGAAUAGCAAGAUGACGGCUUUCGGUCAGGUGGUGAUCGGGCCUCCGGGCUCGGGGAAGACCACGUAUUGCAACGGCUUGUCGCAGUUCCUCAAACUUAUCGGAAGGAAAGUGGCUGUUGUCAAUUUGGAUCCUGCAAAUGAUGCAUUGCCAUAUGAUUGUGCUAUUAAUAUUGAAGACCUCAUUAAGCUUGGUGAUGUUAUGGCAGAACAUUCUCUCGGACCAAAUGGAGGUCUAGUUUACUGCAUGGAUUACUUGGAAAAAUAUAUUGAUUGGCUAUUAUUCAAGUUGAAACCUCUUCUCAAAGAUCACUAUUUUCUAUUUGAUUUUCCUGGCCAAGUUGAGCUGUUCUUUCUUCAUUCGAAUGCAAAAAAUGUUAUUUGGAAGCUUAUUAAGCAAUUGGAUCUCAGGUUGACGGCUAUUCAUUUAGUUGAUGCCCAUUUAUGCUGUGAUCCUGGAAAAUAUGUAAGCGCUUUAGUUCUCUCCUUAACAACCAUGUUACACUUGGAACUCCCUCAUAUUAAUGUAUUGUCCAAAAUUGAUCUCAUUGAGAGUUAUGGGAAGUUAGCAUAUAAUCUUGAGUUCUAUACAGAUGUAGAAGAUUUGUCUUAUUUACAAUACCACCUUGAUCAAGAUCCAAGGUCAUCGAAGUACAGAAAACUAACAAAGGAGCUAUGCGAUAUCAUUCAAGAUUUUAGUUUGGUUAAUUUCACUACAUUGGAUAUACAGGAUAAGGAAAGUGUUGGAAAUCUUGUGAAGCUUAUAGACAAAAGCAACGGAUAUAUAUUUGCUGGUAUCGAAGGAAGUGUCGUGGAAUUUAGCAAGAUAGCAGCUGCUCCUCUUGACUGGGAUUAUUAUAGAACAGCUGCAAUUCAAGAAAAGUAUAUGAAAGAUGACGAGUUUUUAUAGAAGUUGAUGGUGUUUGAUGAAAUCAAUUGGCUGUGGAUGAACCAUGGAUGUAUUUGGAGUCCAAACAUAUGCUUGCAGUUGCAGAAGCUUAAAUUAAUUAUCAUAACCUCAUAAGCUGGAUCUUUGAAGUAUGAAUAGUGUACUUGAAUGCUCGAGUAAAAAGAUGGAGCAAGUGUUGUCUGUAUUCUAGGCUUCUAAACUAUUAUAUA